UCUUAGAGUUGACCGACGCGGAUCAUCCAGAUCACUACCACGUGGAGUCUUGCCUGACGCACCUUGGUAGCUUCCUGGCCACCAUGAACCCGGCCAUAGAGCAGGCCGUGGAGGCUGCACGAACACACAAACUCUUCCUCUCUGAAAGGAGAAGUCUGGCAUCCACUUACUCCCCGCAUAUCAUAAUAAGCAGUCAAUCCUCAUCACUCAACAAAGACAGUGGGGUCCAGUCUAUGGAGGACGAGUCGCCCUAUAACAGAUACAGUCAUCAUCCGCCAAGUCAAGAAAAUGUACCAGGAGUGAUGCACGACGGCAUGAAUGGCUUUCACAGUACAUGGACUGCUAGCCCGACACGUCAGCGGAAAUCCCCUAGUCACGGUCACACACUUCCUAAUGGUUACAGGAGAAAUCGGCGGGCGUCCUUACCCGGUAUCAGCCUUUUUGAAAGCGAGAGAGUUGGGAAUCCAGAGGUUGUGGCUCGGUCUAGUCCCAGAACUUCUAAGCAGCACCGAGGACGUAUGGGAAGACGCGGCAGCUACGACCAGAGAAUGUUGAACGAAACCUACCCAGUGUCGACUCAUCACGCAUCCAUGUCCGGUGACAUCCCAGGAAUGACUUACAUCCCGGAGCAAAACAGCGACGAAGCGGAGUCCGCGUACAGACCCCACGAUCCAAACCGGCAUAGGAGCUCCAGAUCGCAGAAUAACCUCACGGAAAUUCCCAGAUACGGGAUUUACCGUGAGCAUGACGCUAACGGAGAGAUGGGUUACGAACCGUCUUCGCCUUCCAGCGCGCUUCCUAGAGCUAGACAAACGGGGGCAAACCAACCACAACGAAGUCCUAGACACCGGAGACAAGUUGGCAGUCCUCAGUCCAGUUCUUCUUCGUCUAGGACCUCCACUCCUAGGGAUGAUUAUUACCAAGAAGACGCAGGAACUAACAUCAUUUUUGAGGAGAGCGAUCUUCACCAUCACCACCACCACCAUCGACGGCAGCAGCAGAAAUAUCGACAGCGGAGUGCAUCCGGCUCAAGCAAACUUCUAAAAGUCCAGGAUUUGGGCUCUGAAGAGAGGGCAGGGAGUACAGUGCAGCUGCAGCGCACUGGAAACUCAGAGCACCGCAGGCGGGCGCAUUCUAUCCCACACCUGAAUCGGGUCGGGACGCCCGAGUCGACAAAACCAGGAAUCCUCAAAGAUGUUUGGAAUGAAAGCAAGCCAGUGAACGGAUCAGCAGAGAUUUCAACACCAAGAACGAACGUGAAAGCUAAUCUGAACAGAAGUCCCAGAGACAAUCCGACUUCAACCGGUAAAUCUGCCAAAAAGUCAAACUUCCUGACGGGAUCCUUGAGGAACAUUUUCUUUGGAAAAAGCACUGGUUAUGGUCGCAAGCGAGGCAGCCACGUGGUUGAACUAGAUGACACCCCAAGCCACUCCACAAACAGCAGUACAACAGAAUCGACAACAACACAGAUGAAAUCAGACACCUACCAAGAUGAGGAUGGACAACCAUGCAGUAAUGUAUAGAGCAGUCACCACACAGACACGUGGGCACCACACCUGAUGAGUGGUAGUUAUUGUGGGGACCGAAGAUGCUGUGGGGACUAUUGGAAGUCCCCACAACUUGGUCCUAGUUUCCUCGACAAUAAAAAUGUGUAGUUGUUGGACCACAGUUGAGGCGAACACACACCUGAGGACAGUAGGGGACAGUAGACAGCCCCCACAUACGUUGUCCUUGUUUCCCUGGAAGUUUUUGCUUUUCGCUUCCUGCUGUGAGGUCUUUGACUGUAUAAGGUCUAUGCAAAUCAGGAUCCUUAUUUUGCAACCAUUGCAUUGGGUGUCCAAGGAAAAUUAUUACUUCCAAACACUAUAAAUUAUUUGGUUUUGACUCGACUACGCACAAUUGAAAUGUAGUAUUUCUAAUUGUCAGUAUUAAUGCAAAGUUUGUAUUACCUACGCAAGUUGUAGCAGCCACAUUUUCUACAAUUUCAGUUACAGUGUCAGGAUUAUGCCCUUUUUUUACCAAACAGAAAGAAAUGUAGUUUUAUACCCCCCC